CAGCGACUCCCAAGGCCACAUCGCCCGUGUACGUUGACCCACAAGAGAUUUCAGGGCGAUAAUGAGAAUAUCAACAGGCAAAGGACAGCUCGCGGGGGCUGGUGGGUUGAGGCUGCCCAGGCUGCUUCGGUGGCCCUGAGCUGGCAAGUCGCAACGGUUGUGUCGCGGACUGGGAUGGUUCCUAAUGGAUCUCAAUACUCAUAAUCAGACUCGCCAGUGCACCUCUGCAACCUUCUUCGAGGGCGCAGUCGUGAUCCUGGAGCGGCUAUCUCCACCUACCUCGACUCAUGGAGACGCCGAUAGCGCACUCGCGCUCUGGCAGCCGAGACUUCAGGGUCAAGAGGUACUCUGCCGAUCAGACGCACGCGUCCUCCUCUUCCAACCAUCAUCCGUCCUCCUCGCCAGGGAGCCACAGACACUCCUCGGCCAUCUUGGCUUCUCGUAUCCGGCCUUUCCAUGAGGACACGAAUGAGGCAACAGAGGAAGCCGGUCACACAAGCUUAGAGGGCGGCGAUGCCGCCACAGAUGAUUCCACGGACAGCUCGCCUGACCAAACGCCUCGUGGCUCACCAGAGAACAGUCCCCCUGGAACACCUCAGACGCGUCACAUGCGCUUGAUGAGCUACGACCAGGCCCUCAAUAGGGUGGCAAGCCGGCAAGCCGAGUACCCGCCAGCGAUUGUCCAGACUAUGCAUCCUCCCAUUGAAUUUCACAUUGAUCCUCUCAGGCCUUUGUUGCUCUCCACUACCAUCGCGCAGCGAAAAGGAUUCGGAUUCAGCAUCGCUUCCCUUCCUCCGCCUUCCAAAUACGACAAAAUCUACAAAAGUAUAGAGCGAGAUCCCUGGCAGGCAGAGUUGGCGAAGCUCUUCGAAGCUAGUCAGAUCAACAAUUGGAAGACACUCGUCCUCGAUCGUAAAGGUCCGCCUGCAGAAGGAAGCGAAAAGCAGCCACCUAGCCAACGACGUCAAUGUAGGCGCAGACACGUACCGGCAAAGGACGAGCUUGCCUCUUCACCACACGCCGAGACUAGUAGCGAAGAUGGCAGCGACUUUGAUCGUAGCCAAGCGAAUGCUCCAAGCAGGGUCAACUCUACCCCUCGCCCAGAGAAGAGCGUCGAGUCGGAUGCCUUCGACAGGAUGUACGAACAGUAUCAGACCUUCUACAUCGAGAAGCGCAAGAAAAAGAAAGCUCAAGUCGUCAAAGUGGUAGACAACGGGGCAUCGAGCCCUCCUCAAGUCGUGGUCAAUGAAGCGCCCAUCGGAGGUCUGGGUAGGACAUCCCUUCGAGGUCGAGCCUUCACCUCGUUCAUUCCUCCCAGCCGGUCUUACGGUACCUCAACAGCUGGUGUCAGCGGAUCUGGGCUUUCCUCAGAACCUUCAUCCAAGGAUGAGCCUCCUCGCCCCGACACACCGGGGUCGAUGUCGGACACCGACUACGUUGCCGAUUUGAGCUGCCCAGAAACUCCUCGCAAGGCCCGCCGCCAGACUAGGACGAUGACAAAGGGCGUCCUCACCCCCGUCUCUGACUAUGGCGAAGACCUCCACAGUUCGUCUCCUCGUAGCUCACUGGACAACACAGCACUCACCACGACCAACUCCCGCGGCAGCGGCAGCCGUGGAGAAGACGGUACUGUUGCGCCUGUCUCCAGAGUCAACAACACCUCCAGUGCGGAUCGAGAAGGACUACACUCGCACUCGCCGUCACUGAGCAAGAGCAGGAAGCACACCUCCGUCUUGCCCUUUGGUCGCAAGUCGACCCGUCAUGAUAGGGAGCAAGAGAAGGAAGCAAAGCAGUUCGACACUACCUCUGUGUCUGUCUCGAGCCCUGCCUCCCCUCCUGCCCCGGCUCGCUCCAGACAAAUCGCCCUGCCUCCAAUGGGCGCAGCAUGGGUGGACAGCUUGAUGCCAAGCCCCAUCAUCCCCUCUGCCCCGCCUAGCAGACCGCGCAAGUCCACUGGAUCGGGGAAGACUAUCAGCUCUGGUUCGAGCAAGACCGCGAGCUCGAAGGAGAAGGAGAAGGAAAAGGACAAAGACAAAGAAAAGGAGGGUGGAAGAUCGAAGCGUCGGAUGCUACCCCGCUUAGGUCUUGGAGGGGGAGGAGGCCGCACUUCUCUCGAUCCAGAAGGGGAGAGAGAGCGAGUCGAAGAUUGCCCCGAAGAGUCUCGCGAUAGCGAAGCUGCUGUGAGUCGCGCCGGAGAUGCUGCCGGUGACGCGCCCCUCGUCGACUCUCAUGAUCAGGAGCGAGAUCGGGCCGAGCUCUGCUCUAGUCCAGCGCAUGACCACGAUCACUACCUCACCGAUUCAACGCCGCGCUGCUCUUCUACAUUGCCGGACUAUGCCAGUGCUGUGAGUAGCGGUCCGUCCUUUGGUGAAAGUGUAGACGAGUCGAUUGAUGGCGAGACUGAGGAGACGUAGGGGCAUCGUUGACCGAUGUUGGGCUUUUUCGCUUUCAACACUCUGUUUCCCGUACAUUGCAUCUAUUUAUCGCUUCGCUUGGACAAUUGUCAUGGGCCACCGACAAGGACGUUCGUCGAUCGAAUUGCAGGGUGUGCGGCGUACAUGGGACUGUCUCUGCCUCGUCUUCUCGUAGGCAACUUGCUCAGUCCCGUUCCGAUGCUCUUCUCCACUUGUGCCUUCCGUCCGCUCCG